UAUUACUUUAGAUGUCGGUCUGUGUUUAAUUUGACUUCGCAUUUUUUGAGUUGGUGUUUUGUUGAGUGAAAAUUGUUCUUUUUCGAUAAAUAUUCACAUGUGAAUGAAAUUAAAUUGACAAGACUACUAAUCUAAAAUACUAUUUAACUAUUUUUAGCAAGGUUAAUAAAUAUGGCCAAAAAUUCAAGGUCAGGAUUUGUUAUCAAACUAUCCUGUGAAACUGUUCAAAAACUAGAAGAGGAGAAAGAGCAGGCUAAAAUUAAAAAAGAUGAAGAACGUGAAAAUGAAAAUAAUGAUGACAACAAAAUUCCGGAAAAGGUGGAAAAUUCAGAACAACAUUUGGAGGUUAUAACUGAAGGCUCGGUUGCUAAACAAUCAGAUAAUAAGGCAAUAGAUGAAUCUAAAAGGAAACCAGAUCCUAAGAAAGAGAGUGAAGAAAUAUCAGAUAAAACCAAGGACCAGAGUAGUCCACAAAAAUCCGAUUCAAACAAAGACAAUGCCUGGGGUGAUUAUGCUCCAUACAUUACCUACGAAGGUUCAGAAGCCAUUUACACUGACCCAUCAACUCAACUAAAAUAUACUUGGAGCAAAGAAAGUAAUUCUUGGACUCCAAAAUCUGGCCAAGAGGUCCCUGGCAGAGUGUAUAGCUAUGAAGAUGAUACCCAUAUCUACACAGAAGCUGAUGGCUCCAAGUUCUUUUGGGAUGUUGACAAAAAAGCAUGGAUACCAAAAGUUGAUGAUGACUUUUUAGCAUUCUAUCAAAUGUCGUACGGUUUUGUUGAUAAUACACAAACAAAUAAGGAAGAAAAGCCAGAUGAUGGGAAGAAAAAAGAAGACAAGAAACUAGAAUCUGCUGGAGUUAAAAGAAAAAAUGAGCCACAGUGGUUUGAACCUUCAGAAGAAACCAACACUAAAGUAUAUGUUUCUAACCUACCUCUGGAUUUAACUGAAGAAGAAUUUGUUAAUUUCAUGCAGAAGUGUGGCCUUGUGGAACGUGAUCCGAGCUCACAGAAAAUGAAAAUCAAGCUUUACAUGGACAAAGAACAGAACUGCUUCAAAGGAGAUGCAUUGUGCACAUAUAUCAAAAUAGAGUCUGUUGAUUUGGCUCUGAAGUUGCUAGAUGGUAGUGAUCUAAAAGGAAGCAAAGUAAAAGUAGAAAGGGCCCAUUUCCAACUGAAAGGGGAGUACAAUCCAGCAUUAAAACCUAAGAAAAAGAAGAAAAAAGAACUGGAGAAGUUGAAGAAGAUGCAGCAGAAGUUAUUUGAUUGGAGACCGGAAAAGUUUGUUGGAGAACGCUCAAAGCACGAGCGAGUUGUUAUUGUGAAAAACUUAUUUCAUCCUACGGACUUUGAUAAAGAUGUGCAGCUUAUACUUGAUUAUCAACAGGAUCUCAGGGAAGAAUGUUCAAAGAGCGGUGAGGUGCGCAAAGUGGUGAUCUAUGACCGCCAUCCGGAAGGUGUAGCCCAAAUAACAAUGAAAGAACCAGAAAUGGCUGAUGCGGUUGUGGAACUUAUUAACGGGAGGUGGUUUGGAAAGAGGCAAAUCACAGCUGAAAUAUGGGAUGGCAGAACUAAAUUCAGGAUUGCUGAAACUGAUUCCGAGAUAAGUAAGAGGAUAGACGGAUGGGACAAAUUCCUGGAGGGAAAAGAUGAUGGUAAAAAAGAAACUGAGAAACCUGUAGAAAAGGCAGAUGACCAAAAGACUGCUGGUGUAAAUCCUGAAGAAGCAAGUAGUAAAAAAGAGUAUAAGUCGAAAACAAAUGUCACAGAAGAGAUGGAAGUCAUUCAGGAAACAGAAACUGCAGGAAGUAAACCCAGUGGAGUUUCAUGAUCUUGAUGACUUAUUUUUAAG